UAUUUUUGUCAGGUCGGUGAGAUUUUUCGUAGUCAGGUCGAAAGAUUACUAAUUUUCUAUAGCGUAUUUCGGAUUUAAUUUUUGCCAAAUAUAAUAAAGAAUUUGCAAUAGCGAAUGACUUUGUCUGUUCACUUCAUGUCCAUAGUUUUGGUCUCGAGAAUUUGCUAAGAUUUUUAUAUAUAUAAAAAAAAAAAAAACAAUACAGAAUACACAAGUGAAAGAUAUCAACGACAAUAUGGAAGUCAAAUGUUCCACACUCAAUCCGGAAGCGAAAGUUUUUGAGCCACGCUCUGGCAAUGUGUUCACUUAUGAUGAAACGUGGAAGGAUCAGGAUGAGGCGUUUGAUCAGCAGCAACCACAGCAACAACAGCAGCAGCAACCACUUGCAAUGCAGCCACAAACGCAACCACAAUACUUUUGGGUGCCAGUUGAUCAGCAAUCGGCUAUGAAUGGCGUCUAUUUGCAUGUCUAUCCAACACUAACAACAGCAACAGCACAGCAAUCGACAACUGGCACCGUUUACUAUCCACAGCAAUCUGGCGAUGGAGUCUUCUAUCCACAACAGCAGCAACAACAACAGCCACAGGUGGUCUAUCAGCAAGUGGCAGCCCCACAGCCACAGACGGCAGCACCGAAUUCCCUGCCAACUUAUCAGCAGCAGUGUUCAAUGCCCAAUGUCUAUCAGCAGCAAGAGCAAGAGCAACAGAAUUUGACAUCGCAAGCAACUCAGGAGAUUUUUCUGCCGACUUCGUCGACAUCGACGUCUGCGUCAAGCUAUCAGCAAGUGCCGCAAGUCUAUCAGGCGCUGCCACAGCACAUAACCCAACAAAUAGCUCAACAGUUGCCCCAAGCAUUGCCAGAGCAGUUAACACAACAAAUGACUCAACAAAUACCUCAGCAGUUGCCUCAACAAAUGCCUCAACAGUUGUCUCAACAAUUGCCUCAAUCGAUGCCACAGCAAGUGCCACAACUAUUGCCUAUGCAACAACAAUUGCCACAGGAAUUAAGUCAACAGUUGCCCCAAUCGCUGCCUCAAUCACUGCCGCAAUCGGUGUCUCAAUCGCUGCCGCAAUCGGUGUCUCAAUCGCUGCCUCAAUCAAUGCCUCAAUCACUACCCCAAUCAAUGCCUCAAUCACUACCCCAAUCGCUGCCUCAAUCGCUGCCUCAAUCGCUGUCUCAAUCGCUGCCUCAAUCGCUGCCUCAAUCGCUGUCUCCGACCGUGCCCAUCUAUCAGAGCAUGCCGCUGCCUUAUGUGGUUGCCCCCACAGCUGAUGGAGCUCAGUUGAAGCAAGGCUUUCUCUCCUCAUCGAAGCUCCGUCAGCAGACGCCAUCGCCGUCAGCUUACGAGCAGCCACAAGUGUUGCAAGUGCCACAACAACAACAACAACCACAGCACUUCUAUCAACAGCAGCCGCCGUUGCAGACCAUUUCGCAUUUGUAUUGGAACCAGGUGAUCUUGUCCACCAUGUUGUCCAUUCUGCUAGAUGAGAGACAACCUCUUUGCUACGCUUACAUUCUGCGCAAAUUGUCGUUGCGUCUCUGUUGCCAUGAGGAGCUGAUGAAGCGUCUCGUUCCCUACGUCAUGUACGAGGCAGCCAGCAAGGGUUAUGUGCGACGUGUCGAUGGCAACUUCAUUUUGGCCACAACUCUGCUCGACAACGAGCCAAAGAUGCACUAGAUAAUCCCAUACUUAUUUACAAAUAAAUGUGACGAAUAAUAGUAAAAGACUUAUUAAAGAUCCAUUGAU